UAUGUUGUCGUCCGAUUUACCGCUCGUGGCAACGAAGUUCUGCGCCAGCUCUGCCAUACUGAUGUUCAAAAGGAGGUAUGGCGAUUCCCGUCGUACGAGUUCAUUAUACGCAACGGUUCUCUGUCUGUUGCUCAGGUAAGGACCUGGCGCCCGUCGUAUGUGAAUGCCAUUCUGAUCGCCUCUCGCGGUGUGCGGCAACCCGCUCCUUGUAACAACAUCACUCAUUCUGUCUUUUUCAAGAACAUACGACUUCCAGGCUUUUGGGAUGGGUGCUGUGCCGGCUGUAAAUGGAAGGACCACGGAGCGAGAUGCGCGUACGCUAGCAAAGGAGAGGUGAAAUACCAGCCCGCGAGUAUUGCUGCUCUCCCGCGAGCCAUUAUCGAGAAGUUGAAGGAUUAA